GCUCAGACAGACCCCCCCCAGCAUUCGAGGGGCAUUCUGGCAGGAAGGGGCAAUACAGGGCAAUGGGCGAAGGUGCUGGAGCCGGGAAGCGAUGGCCUCUCUCUCCUGCCACCACCGUACAUUGCUGGGCGGUGUUAGGCUUUCAUCGGGCGCGGCCAGCAGUGGCCAUUGGGGGAAGCCGGGUGCCAGACUAGUCCAGCCGGUAAUAAUAAUAUCUCGCUCUUUUCCAGCCCGUCUCAUCAGUAGAUCUCCCAGCACUUUACAAAGGAGCUUGGGAUCCCCAUUUUACAGAUGCGGAAACCAAGGAACAGAUUAGUGAAGUGACUUGCCCAACAUCACCCAUCUGGCUACCAGUAAGGCAAGGGACUUGAACUAAGGCUCCAGAGUCCACAGUUGCUAGGGUGACCAUAUUUCCCAAAGAGAAAACGGGACACCCUGAGCUGCUUGCCCAAGGGCCUCAUCCAACCCCCGCGCAAUGCUGUUGUCCAUCACUGGAACCCUGCGGGUCCCCCCUCAGGAGGCUGUUGCCUGUUGCUGGAACCCUGCCAGCCCUCUCCCCUGCAUGCUGGAACUCCCCGCCCCCCUUCCUCCUCUAUUAGGGGCUGGCAUCCCUUCCCACCCCCCACGUUCCAUCGCACAAAAAAGGGGAAUCAGUUCCAUUUGCUCUUGCCAACUGAUCAAGUUGGCAAGAGCAAACAGGACAAAUGCCUCCUUUUGGAAAAAAAAAGUUGGGAGGACCAGGACAGGGCUUAAAAAAGGGACUAUCAUGGCCAAAAUGGGACAUAUGGGUCCCCUACCAGUUGCAGCCUUACCCACCAGCCUAAAAUAAAGCAUCAGGGCAAACGCUGUUUGUCCACAAGAAGAAGGCAGCUUGUGUAAGGGGACGGAAUUCAGUGCAGCACAGCCCUGCAGCAGCAGCUAUAGAAGCCGUCAGUGGACUCUGGUGUAUCUGAUGAGCCACAGUUCCUCUAUGGCUGAAGCAGAAAAUCAGAAACAACUUCUCAGGCUGAUUCAAGAAGGCAGGCUAGACCUUUUCAAAGAGGAGUUGCAGAGAGAUGAGGAAAUGAGCAAGGAAGUGAGGCGGAAACACUAUGGGAAAUCUGGGGACACUCUACUGCACUAUGCAGCCAGGCACGGUCACCUGAAUGUUUUGACCCAUUUAGUAGAAGCCUUGGAAAUGGACAUCGAGAUGUUUAAUAAUGACUACAAAAGGCCCCUCCAUGAAGCGGCUUCCAUGGGUCACAGGGACUGUGUGUUGUAUCUGCUGGAUAAAGGUGCAACGAUUGACUGCUUGAAAAAGGCAGACUGGACUCCUCUCAUGAUGGCUUGCACCAGGAAGAAUGUGGAGGUGAUUAAAGAUCUCAUUAAGCAUGGAGCAAACCCAUUGUUAAAGAACAAAGAUGGCUGGAAUUGCUUCCAUAUAGCAAGUCGGGAGGGUGAUCCCCAGAUCAUCGAGUACUUGCUCACUGUGUCUCCGAGCAGCUGGAACACAGAAAGUAAAAUCAAGAGAACUCCUCUGCACACGGCAGCAAUGCACGGCUGUUUUGACGUAGUGAAAGCACUUCUUGAGCGGUGCCCCUAUGAACCUGACAGCAGGGACAAAUGCGGAGUGACUCCCUUUAUGGAUGCGAUACAGAACGGGCACAUCGACAUAGCCCAGCUGCUUCUAGAAAAGCAUAAGGCCUGUUAUACAGCUGCAGAUGCAGUAGGUGCUCAGCCGUUGCACCAGGCAGCAGUCACGGCCCAGGACGAAGCCAUCCGGUUCCUUGUCUCUGAUCUCGGUGCCAAUGUCAAUGAGAGAGCAACGUCAGUCCAACUCACGGCGCUACAUUACGCAGCCAAGGAAGGACAUACAAGUACCAUCCAAAUGCUGUUGUCCCUCGGCGCUGAUCUACAUGCUAAAGAUGGGAAAAGUCGAUCUGCCCUGCACAUGGCCUGUGCGGGCCAGCACGCGGCCUGUGCGUGGCUUCUCCUGCAGGCUGGAUUGCAGGACUCCCUGGACGACACUGGAACAUUUGCACGGCAACUUGCCAAGAAACCGGACGUCCUACAGCUUUUCAAGGGAAUAAAUGUUAGCACAUGAAACUGACGGAGGAGAGAAUAAAAGUUUGUUUUCAGCA